AUGAAUGGUGGGAGUCAGAGACACUCUCUGUCACUAUCUGUUUGCGUGUUCACACACUGGACACCAAACAACCCUGAACUAUCCGCUGCUUGGAGGAAUUUCGCGAGCUCUUGUCCACACGGGUGCUGCACUCGGCUGAUCGUUUUCGAGCGGCCGCUGCAUCACACGUUGUGGUCCAAAUUUCUGUUUCCAAUUAUGAAUGGUGGGGGUCAGAGACGCUCUCUGUCACUAUCUGUUUGCGUGUUCACACACUGGACACCAAACAACCCCGAAUUAUCCGCUGCUUGGAGGAAUUUCGCGAGCUCUUGCCCACACGGGUGCUGCACUCGGCUGAUCGUUUUCGAGCGGCCGCUGCAUCACAGGUUGUGGUCCAAAUUUUUGUUUCCAAUUGUGAAUGGUGGGAGUCAGAGACACUCUCUGUCAAUAUCUGUUUGCGUGUUCACACACUGGACACCAAACAACCCUGAAUUAUCCGCUGCUUGGAGGAAUUUCGCGAGCUCUUGCCCACACGGGUGCUGCACUCGGCUGAUCGUUUUCGAGCGGCCGCUGCAUCACACGUUGUGGUCCAAAUUUUUGUUUCCGAUUGUGAAUGGUGGGAGUCAGAGACACUCUCUGUCAAUAUCUGUUUGCGUGUUCACAGACUGGACACCAAACAACCCUGAACUAUCCGCUGCUUGGAGGAAUUUCGCGAGCUCUUGCCCACACGGGUGCUGCACUCGGCUGAUCGUUUUCGAGCGGCCGCUGCAUCACAGGUUGUGGUCCAAAUUUUUGUUUCCGACUGUGAAUGGUGGGAGUCAGAGGCACUCUCUGUCAAUAUCUGUUUGCGUGUUCACACACUGGACACCAAACAACCCUGAACUAUCCGCUGCUUGGAGGAAUUUCGCGAGCUCUUGCCCACACGGGUGCUGCACUCGGCUGAUCGUUUUCGAGCGGCUGCUGCAUCACACGUUGUGGUCCCAAAUUUUUGUUUCCGACUGUGAAUGGUGGGAGUCAGAGGCACUCUCUGUCAAUAUCUGUUUGCGUGUUCAAACACUGGAC